AAAGAGUGACAGACGAGAUUCACACACGUGCGCCAUCGACCGUACAUACCAAAACAAAUUCUCUUUUUGUUUAUUGAUUUCUUGCAAUUAAGUUUUAAUUUCUUUCGAAUCUGUUGUCCGACCAAAAACGAUCUCAAAGAUGAAGUUGAUCACCUACAAUUUCUUGACAUCGAAGUGCAUUCGAGGUGUUAAAGUGGGCUAUCCGCUCAAAUUGAAUAUAACCCACAAGGAAACGGUAACAGCAGACUUCAAUCCCGAUUUUAUUACAAGAAUCAUACCACGACUGGAUUGGCCAACAGUUUGCGCUGGAGCUGAACAGGUGGGCUGCACCGGAGACCUACCAACAACUUUGUCCGAUAAUUAUGCUGCCGACAACGAAUUCCUUCAGAAAUUGCACCAUGUGCUGAUGGAAAUUGAUGUUAUCGAGGGUAACCUUGAGUGUCCGGAAACGGGACGGGUAUUUCCCAUUACGGAAGGCAUUCCAAAUAUGUUGUUGAAUGAAGACGAAGUUUGAAAUAAAUUAAUUUAAGAAUUGCA